AUGCUGUACCUGGUUGGCCUUGGGCUGUCAGACGAGACGGAUAUCACCGUCAAGGGUCUAGAGGUCGUGAAGAAGGCCUCGCGCGUCUAUCUUGAGGCAUAUACCAGCAUUUUGCUCGUUGACCAGAUGGUUCUGGAAAAAUACUAUGAGCGUUCAAUCAUCCUCGCCGAUCGAGAAAUGGUCGAAUCCAACAGCGACGAAAUUUUACGCAAUGCGCAAGACGAGGAUGUCGCAUUUCUAGUCGUUGGGGAUCCCUUUGGUGCGACAACCCAUACCGACCUCGUUCUCCGCGCGCGCGAACUCAAUAUUCCUGUACGAACUGUUCCGAAUGCAUCUAUCAUGUCUGGCAUUGGCGCAUGCGGCCUCCAGCUCUACAACUUUGGUCAGACAGUAUCCAUGGUUUUCUUCACAGACAACUGGAAGCCCUCCUCGUUCUACGACAGAAUAAGAGAGAACCGCCAAAUCGGUCUGCACACGCUUGUUUUAGUCGACAUCAAGGUCAAGGAACAGAGCUUGGAGAAUCUUGCGCGAGGCCGCAUGAUUUUCGAGCCUCCUCGCUACAUGACGGUGGGCCAAUGCGCCCAGCAAAUGAUUGAAGUCGAAGAGGAGCGCAAAGAUGGUGUCUGUACCCGCGAUUCGCUCGCAAUUGGCGCAGCCCGCGUCGGCGGCAAGACGGAAAAGUUUAUAGCGGGCACACUGGAAGAGCUGUGCUCCCAAGAUGACGAGUUUGGUCCGCCGUUACACAGCCUUGUUCUGCUGGGCCGAAGAGCGCAUGAGCUGGAAAAUGACUUUGUCCGUCACUUCGCCGUUGAUAAAGAGAAGUGGGACAGAAUAUGGAAAGAGGAAUAUGGGAAACAAUAG